AUGCAAAAACUGGAUCUAAAAAGCAGGAAUUCGAAGCAAGGAAGUCGAGGCAUUUUAAAAGAACAAAAACAGAACCGCAAGUUGCAUGGGGCUAAGGGCGUUACCUGGAAGUUGCAGAGGCGAUGCACCGGCAAGAGGCGAUGCACCGGCGAGAGGCGAAGCACCGGAAAAGAACCUUUGUCGAAGUCGACGGAAUUCGGAGAUGGGGGCCGUCAAAUACAGCGGUGUCAAAUACAGCGGGGUGUCGAAGUCGACGGAUUUGUGGAUUUAGAUGGGACUAAGGUGGGGUGGCCGCCGGGGAAAAAAUCUAGGGUUCUGAAACGGGUGGCCGCCGGCGGAGCGGGUUUGAGACGGGGAAGAAAGAAAAUAAGGAAAAAAGAAGAAUUUGGACUAAGUCAAUACUUUUAA